GCCCUCCUUGAACGGCUGGCAGCUAUAUCGGCCAUAGUUGUCCCUUUUGACCGGCGCGCCAUGGCAGUAUUUAUCCUUUGCCUUCUCCUUGUGCAUGCACUUCCCCGACCGUCUCCCCUCCUCUGGCGUGCGCGUGCCCACCACACACACCAGUCCGCCGCCGCAGUUCUGACUCACCGACCCACCGUGGGUGAAAUAGAAGCAGGUGCCUGCUCGCACAGCACACACGCAUGCAGACAGACAGACACAUGUGUACACGCCCGCAUGGAUGUGGCCUCUGUGUGUGUUUGCAGUGCACUCACCUCCAUCGUAGCUUUCGAGUUCAACUUCGGCGCGGGAGCGUUUCUCGUUUUUCUCACGAGCAUUCUUAGCAUCGAUAUCGGCCUGGAAGCCCUCCUGCACAGACGUAAACAAACAUAUCAACACAAACAUAACAUGGCAGCCAGCCAGCCACACAUUACCCACGAACCUUGGUCUUGCAUUGGUCUCCUUUGAUGCUGCAGAUGCACGCCUUCUUGGACGGGCCGCAUGGCAGGUUGGCCGUCUCGGAUCCUGUGCAGUAUGCGGGCUUGGAGUCAUACAAAGAGGGCUGGGGGAAUCCGAGCAGUGGUCUCGAGGGCUUGGUGUAGGCGGCGAACUUCUUGGCGAAUUCCUUGGUGUACUCGGCGCACUUGUCACUAGCUGCACACAGUCAACACACGCGUACGAAUGAGAACAGAGGGAAGGACCAUUUCGCGUGCAGGUGCAUCGGUGUGUUUGUGUGUAUAAAGCACUACGCGUGCGUACGUGUGAACUCGAGGGUUUCAUGGGUGAUGUCCUUGGCGGCGCAGAACUUGAACCAAUCCGGCCCGGAGCGGUCGACCCGCUCGCAGACGGGCCCCCUUGUCUUGCGGGAGGCGACGUAGUCCACCCAGACGUACUCGCACUCUGUGUGCUGAAAAUUGUAGUACUGGGCAACCGCGAACGGCUGGCGCUCCUUCUUUGGGUCGUAGUCGUCCCUCUUGCGGCAAAGCUUCUCGACGUCGGCCGCAUUGAUACACACGCCUACAUCGGUGUCCCCGUCGAAGCCGUGGUACUCGUUGGUUAUCAGGCAGACCAGGCCGUCCGGACACGUGUGCUUGUAGUGGCGGCGGUCCAGACCCUCAUCUGUCGUCACCGUCAGCUCACAUUUGCCUGUAUACACACACACACACACACACACAAGGAUACGUACACCCACACACACAUGUACGCUGCUCUGCGUUAGUUACGGACCGUGAUGUUUGCCGGCAGGCGUGGAAGCGAGAUGCUCAGACGGGACAGGGCAAACUGCAUUCAGACAAGGCGAGACACAGGAAAUGCCAACUGGAUGGAUGGAUGGAUGGAUGGAUAUGCCUUCGUCGAGUACCCGAGGGUUUGUAUGGUCCUUUGCCGUCGCAGUAGUUAAAACGAUCCGCCGCGCAGACAUACUCGUCACCGGGAUAGGGUUCGCUGCGGCCCCAGAGAGGGCGCACUGGCAAGCCUCUGGGGGGAAGGCAGUCUGUCUUGUUACAAUGGGACUCCCGCUCGACAAACGGCACGCACUCGCCCU